AUGGUUAAAACAGUAGAAGAGAUUUAUCAAAAAAAGACUCCAAAGGAACAUAUUCUUUUACGUCCAGAUACGUACAUAGGAUCAGUAGAGAAAGACAUUCAAAGAAUGUAUGUCUAUGACAAUUCUAAGAACAUGAUACUUCCACGUACUAUCAGUUAUGUGCCUGGUCUUUAUAAGAUUUUUGAUGAAAUUCUAGUUAACGCAGCUGAUAAUAAACAGAGAGAUAAAAGAAUGAAUAAAAUCAAAGUGAACAUCUGUAAAGAUUCAAUAAGUGUAUACAACAAUGGUUGUGGGAUUCCAAUAGAGAUACACAAGAAAGAAAAUGUUUAUGUUCCUGAAUUGAUUUUUGGAAAUUUAUUAACAAGUAGUAAUUAUGAUGAUAAGGAAAAGAAGGUGACUGGUGGUAGAAAUGGAUAUGGUGCAAAAUUGUGUAAUAUUUUUUCUAAGAAAUUCAUAGUAGAAACAUGUUAUAAGAAUAAGUACUAUAAACAGAUAUUUACUGAUAACAUGUCUGUUAUAAAUGAACCC